GGGGAGUAUGAGCCAAAGAUUGAAGUGCAUUUUCCCGAAACUAUACAAGCUGCAAAGGAUUCGUCUGUAAAACUGGAAUGCUUUGCCCUUGGAAAGAAGAUGAAGGCUUCUACGAAUGCGCUGCAGGCAACCUUCGAGGAAGAAACCUGGCGAAGGGUCAACUCAUUUUCUAUGCCCCUCCAGAAUGGGAACGAAAAAUCCAGAACACAUACCUGUCUAUCUAUGACAGCUUGUUUUGGGAAUGCAAAGCUAGUGGAAAGCCACACCCUUGGUACACGUGGUUAAAGAACGGUGAACGCCUCAACCCAGGGGAAAGAAUUCAAAUAGAAAAUGGGACACUUAUCAUAACUAUGCUGAAUGUGUCAGAUUCUGGUGUCUACCAAUGUGCUGCAGAAAACAAAUAUCAGCUCAUUUAUGCAAAUGCAGAAUUGAGAGUAUUAGCCUCAGCUCCUGAUUUCUCCAAAAAUCCCAUUAAGAAAAAUUCAGUUGUUCAAGUCGGCGGGGACAUUGCUAUCGAAUGCAAACCAAAUGCCUUCCCCAGGGCAGCUGUCACCUGGAAAAGAGGAACAGACAGCCUGAGACAGAGCAGAAGAGUGUUUCUCUUGGAGGAUGGCAGCCUGAAGAUACAUAACGUGAGCCGGUCAGACGCCGGGUCCUACACUUGCGUCGCUACAAACCAGUUUGGCGUGGCCAGGCACACGGGCAGCCUCAUCGUCAAAGAGCGGACGGUUAUUACGGUUCCACCUUCCCAGAUGGACGUCACAGUGGGCGAGAGUAUCGUCCUACCUUGCCAGGUGUCCCAUGAUCCCUCCGUUGGAGUGGCAUUUGUGUGGUCUUUCAAUGGACACAUCAUAGACUUAGAAAAGGGAGUGGCUCAUUUUGAAAGGAUCGGAGGAGAAUCUGUUGGAGAUUUGAUGAUAAGGAAUAUUCAGUUAAAUCAUUCAGGAAAAUACCUAUGCAUGGUGCAAACCACUCUAGAAAGUUUAUCUGCUGUAGCUGAUAUCAUUGUUAGAGGUCCCCCAGGCCCCCCAGAGGAUGUCAGAGUGGAACACAUCUCCAGUACCACUUCGCAGCUAAGCUGGAGACCAGGCUCGGAUAAUAACAGCCCCAUUCAAAUAUUUACUGUUCAGGCUCGGACGCCAUUUUCUGUGGGUUGGCAGGCUGUUUCUACAGUUCCAGAAAUCCUCAGUGGUAAGACGUACAACGCGACAGCAGUCGGCCUGAGCCCUUGGGUGGACUAUGAGUUCCGUGUCGUUGCUGGGAACAGCGUUGGAAUUGGAGAACCAAGUAAACCAUCAGAAUUGCUAAGAACCAGAGCAUCGGUCCCUGUCGUGGCACCAACAAACAUCAAUGGAGGUGGAGGAAGUCGUUCUGAACUCGUCAUCACGUGGGAGCCCAUUCCAGAGGAGCUGCAGAACGGAGGCGAGUUUGGGUACCUGGUCAUGUUACGGCCGGUCGGCUCAACAACCUGGACCAAGGAAAGGGUGCCAUCCGUGGACUCGGCCAGGUUCGUUUACAGAAACGAAAGCGUCGCGCCUCUCUCUCCCUUUGAAGUCAAAGUCGGGGUGUACAACACGGAAGGAGAAGGGGCCCUGAGCGCCAUGUCUGUCAUCUACUCGGGGGAAGACGAGCCUCAGCUGGCCCCCAGGGGAACUGCUGUCCAGAGUUCUUCUGCCUCGGAAAUGGAGGUUUCCUGGAACGCCAUAGCCUGGAACCGAAACACCGGGAGGGUGCUAGGCUACGAGGUCUUAUACUGGACAGAUGACUCCAGAGAACCCAUGAUUGGUAAGAUUCGAGUCAGUGGAAAUGUCACAGCCAAGACCAUCACAGGGCUGAGGGCUAACACCAUCUACUUUGCCUCUGUCAGAGCUUACAACACUGGCGGGACAGGGCCCUCAAGCCCCCCCGUCAAUGUCACCACCAAAAAGUCUCCUCCGAGCCAACCACCAGCUAACAUUGCCUGGAAGCUGACAAACUCUAAAUUAUGUCUGAACUGGGAACAUGUAAAAACCAUGGAAAAUGAGUCUGAAGUGCUGGGCUACAAGAUUCUGUACCGGCAAAACAGACAGAGUAAAACUCAUGUUUUGGAAACUAACAAUACGUCGGCUGAGCUCCUGGUCCCCUUCGAAGAGGACUACCUGAUUGAAAUAAGAACAGUUAGCGAUGGUGGCGAUGGAAGCAGCAGCGAGGAGAUUAGGAUUCCAAAAAUGUCAAGUUUGAGUUCCAGAGGAGUUCCAGUCUUAGAACCUAGCAUCCAUUUCCUGUUUUGCUAUUUUUACUGUUUUGCUAUUUUUACUGUUUUGCUAUCCAGCCCCUUAUACGAUGAAUAAAACCAUAAAUCUUUUAGAGUUUUUUGAAAGCAAAUCCUUCUGUAAAUAAGCUCUCCAACCCCCAUCACAAGAUACAUUCUUAAUACCGACUUGUUUGGAAAGAAAAAAAACAAUGUAUAUUAUUAAAAUCUUGUAAAUAUCUAUGGUACAUUAAUAAAACAAUUUUAAACACUUUUCAAUUUUGAAGUUUGCACAUGAUUACACACAUUCAGAAGGUGCCAAAUUACUCCACGGAGCUGUAACUGCUGUGGCUUUUAAGCGACUUAGAUGGAGCGUAUAAAUAACUCCCAUUGAUGACGAUGAUAAAUAUGAAAUAGGUUGCAGUUAUCAUAGCUAAAAUGCACAUUUU